CAGCCGACAAUGCCGGCUUCGGUGGCUCGGUAUCAUUUGCAGACUUCCAAACUCUGCCAGACUGCGCUCAUGCCAACACCGCCGCCUCCACCGCCGCAGCUCGACACAUGCCUUCAAGACGCUCGGCGAGGUCAGCGCCGCGCCCCAGUCUGCGUAACGACCGCUCUGCUGCUCGGAUCGUGCAGCAUUUCGCCAAUCAAACCGUCACUUGGCAACCUUGGCGUUACCGCCCAGGAUCAAGCCAAGAUGGCGCGGCGGAGGGACGCUGAUGAGGCAGUGAUGCGUUCACGCUACAUAAUGCACUCCUCCGCCCCCCGUAUGCGAGGACAACGAGUGCCCUCCAUGAUCAUUGUCUCAAUGUCGACGCACGUAUAACAUUCGAGAGGUGCCUGUAACACACCAAAGACAUGCAGGCCGGAUCCGACUUGGCGCCAAAGGCUGGGCGAGAACACGAACAGACUGUCACUCCCUUGUCGAACCUAAGACAUCCCAGUCCAUGUGUACUACCGCCGAUGCAACCUGUCAGAUAUGCUGCGAACGAUUACGGCAGGCAUACUGGACAUGACAGAUCGCGAGCAGACGACGACUACUACACCUCCGGCUCUAUGUCAUCGGGCUCAUUCGUGUCACCCGUCUCGUCAAUAGAAAAGGACCACGACCGAGAGUCGGGUGUGACAGUCAGAGAUCCGGAGAAGGCGAUGCACAAUGCGCGAAAUACCGAUCGACGCUCGAGAGACAAUCUAAGUCUCACAUAUACCGACGAUGAAGAGGCAGAGGAUGAAGGCCGGCGGAUGCAGGAACAGAAAGCGGUCAAUAUUCUGCUGUUUCUCGCAGGGCCAUGCGUCCUGCUGUCAGCAUUGAAUGCGGCCUGGACUAUCAUCUCGUGUGUCAUCACAAGCCUUACACAGCCGGUACGCCUAUGCGCCAGAAGACCGACAUUCGGACAACAGCUUGCUGGCUUGCUGGGUCCGGCACUGAACCUGCAACUCCGCUGCAUCCACACCCCUUUGCCGCCAUAUGCGAAUGAAGAUGCUGUCUACCAUACCUGGAUGCUGGUGGCAGUGCAUCUGCUAUCUCCGUUUCUGAGCCUUGGCGUGAUGUUCGGAAGCUGGGUGUUAGCCUUCUACUGGGUGUCAUCACUGGUCGUGGGCGAUCCUGCAGGUAUGGACAAGCAGGACGACGGAAGGGAGACCGUGCUGGGGCUGCGAAGGUGGUGGGAAGCGUGGCUUCUGCGGAGUGUGAAGGAAGAAUAAUGUGACCAAAUCCUAGCUGGGACUUAGCGAUGUCGUUCAUGACUUGUGAUACUAUGUAUGCACCUUACUUGAACUUAGCAUGGCGUUGGUGGCGAUGGGAAUGUGCUUCGUAUAUAUGAAGCGUGUACUGAGAUGAUUCUUUACUUCGAACUUCACAGUUCACUCCAAGC